AUGAGCAACACGGUUGCGGAUGUGGCAGCGCUGGCCGCGCAGGCGGCACAGCGGCGGGUUGAGCGCAUGGGCUCGAUCGAGCACCGCACCGUGGUGGUGGCAGACCAUCGCGAGGUCGUGCGGAGGGUUCGCGAGGUGCUGGCUCCUGAAGUGAAGGCUGGGCGCGAGCUCGGCGCCGAGCUGAGGCAAAGGCUCGCCGGCCGGGAGGCCCGGCAACGCGCGCGAGACGCGCAGGCACAUGCGCGCGCCCAGGCCCUCGCCGACAUGGACCGCGCCUCGUGGCGGGUCGUCGCGGCCGCCGCCGAGGUCGUCCGCAGGCUCUGCAUCACGGUCUCGCCGACCGGCGCCCCGAACGGCGCCGCGGCCGCCCGUCCGCUUCUGGCGGACGUGUUUGCCAGCGCUGCCAGCGCAGUGUACGCCACCGCCGCGCCGCACGCGCCCGCGGGGGCGCCGCUGGGGUCCAUGGACGCACGGCGGCUCGGCGAGGCGCUCGGCUCGGCCGCCGCGGAGACCGCGCGGCUGCACGCGGCGGCGUCGGGCGUGCGCGGCGCAGGGUGCGGCGUGGGCGAGGCGGUGGGGACGCUGGCGCAGGCCGGGCAGCUGUGUCGGUCUGGCUGCGGGCUGAGCUCGGUGCAGCUGCUGCAGGUGUCCCUCGGGGCGCUGCGCCUGCGGGCGGCGCAGCUCCGGGUGCUGCUUGCGGCGGGCGUGCUUGCAUGGUGCGCCGCCGAGGUGGCGGGGGGGCCGGCGCGGCGGCGGCGGCGCAGCGCGGCGCUCGCGGACGGCACGCAGCUGUCGCUGGCGGAGAUGGUCGCGAGCGCGCUCGCACCGGCGCUGGGGUGCGCGGGGGAGGAGCUCGACACAGCCCUCGCCCUGUUCUGCGACCACGAGGCGGUGGCGUGGCUCGUGCGGUCGCACAGGAGCGUCCUCGGCGCGGAAAUCGAGCUGCUCGUCGCGCCCGUCGCCGCAGCGCUCCUGCGCCCCGCGGCCGCGAGCCCUGCGCAGCGCCCCCGGCGCGCCAAGAGCGGCGAGCGGGGCGCGGAGGCCGCGUCGCCGGCGCCGGCGUGGGCGCGCGCGGUGCUGGACGCGGCGCCGGCCACGCCGCACCCCGCCCCGCGACGCUCGCACGGCGCCGACGGGUCGGAAUGCAACGACUACGUGUCGGAGGGCGGCGACGACUUGUCGGGCCUGCUCAGCGACGACGAGGUGGCGCGGAUAUUCAAGCAACCGUCCACGGCGCCGACGUCGACGAUAGCAGCCCUCGCGGCGUACCAGGCGGGCUCCCCUGCGCGCCAGCCUGCCAGGGGGGUGUUUGGCGGCGCCGCUGUCAGCCCGCGGGGGUCCACUGCGGCGGGCGGCGGGGACGAGGAGGCGGCGGGGCAGGCGAUCGCGGUCACGGUGCGCCGGGACGCGGGCGCCGCGGGCGACGGCGGGCAUGACGACGACGACGUCAGCAGCGUCGCAGGGUGGUCUGCCGGUUCUGCACCGGCGGCGCCGAGCGUGCCCGCGCUGGACGAGGGGGAGCGCGGCAGCGUGCCGUCCGUGCACGGCGACGGGGCCUCUGCGGCGGCGGACGGAGAGCUGCGCAGGACACCUCCACCGCACCCGGGUCUGGCAGGACGCAAGCGCAGCAGCCGGCACGUGAUCCUCGUCCCGCAGGAGGCGUCCCCGGCGCCCAACACCGGCGUGGCGGUGAUCCGCCCCAAGGCCCACAUGGACGUGGGCGAAGAGAAGCGCCGUGUGCGCCGACAGCUCGACCUCACCGCCGAGGCCCUGCAGGCGCGCCGGCGACCCGACGCGCGGCCCGGGGGCGGCAGGAAGACCUCCAAGCCGAAGAAGCUGGUCAAGGAGGACAAGCCCCCGUGGCGGCCGCACAAGGUGUCGUCGCUGUACGCGUUUGGGGUCGACAUCUGGCGGCCGGACAAGGACGCGGCGCGGCGGCGCCUUGCGCGGCGGCGCGCGCGGCGUGCGACCAAGGAGGCCAUCAAGGAGCAGUACCGCUGGGCGCACGUGCGGCCACAGGUGGCCGCGGCGCAGGAGGGGGUCAAGGGCGCGCGGACGACGCCAGGGUCGCCGCGGCACGCGUCGCCGCUCGCGCGCCGGGCGAGCUUCGGGGACGCUGGCGCGGACGAUGCGCCCGUGCUGGGCCUGGCUGGGGCGGGCGACGCGGCGCAGGAGGGCGGCGUGGAGGGGGCACUGGUGGGCGACGGACGCGGCGCCGGAGGGCCGAUGACGUGGCGCGUGGGGAGCCGUGUUAGCGGGGAUGGGUUCGAGAUUCCGGAAGAUGGGGCGGCGGGCGGCCUGGACGCCGAGGGCGCGGAGGGGGGGAGUCCGCACACUCCCCGCAGUCCCCGGCGGCGGCGGGCGGCGGGGCACGCGCGCAGGUCCGCAGACGGGGGGCGGGAAGCAGCGCCGCAGCGUGAGCUGGACGGUAGCAGCCAGGACGCGGCGACGGGCGGCGCGGAGGGCGCGAGCGUGCGCGAGCGUGCGGCCAUCUUUGGCCAAGUGGCCACGCCAGCGUCCAGCCGGGCAGCGGCGCCGGCGGGCUCCGGGCGGACGGGCACGGCGACGAAGGCCACGGGGAGCCCAGGCACGGCGUCGGUGGGGAGCGCGGUGCCGGGGGGAGGGAGUGAAGACGCACAGACGCAGGGGGGGGCGUCGGUGGACGCCCCCACCCCUGCCGAGCGCCCUCAGACGGCGGCGUCGUCGUCGUGCGCGUACUCGGUGUCGCGAUCGGUGCAGUCGGCGGACCGCCCAGCCGGCUGGGGCCUACAGUCGCUUCUGAGCCGGACGGGGGGCGCUGACGUUGUCCCGCCGUCGGCAGACAAGCGCAAUGCACGUCUGGAGCGCUACGCGAUCGGGAGGGGCGUCGCAGACCCGGCAGUGUCCGCGGGCCAGUCCCCGUCGUCCACCCCAGCGUCGCGCAGCCACCACGACGCCCCGUCGGCCCCCGCCGAAGACUCCCCCCCUCCUGACACUGAUUCCAAGUCCGCCGAGGGCGCCGAGGGCGCCGAGGCGGAGCGGGAGGACGCGAGUAUGCGCAGCCGGAGCACUUCGGCCGCGGAGCUCGACGAGGACGACAUCCGCUGGACGCCUGCGGCGGCGGGCGGUGAGGGGGGCCUGCCGCCGAUGGGCGCGCUUCCCGGGCGAGACUCCCUGGGCUCCAUGGCCGAGGAGGCGCACGGGCUGCUGGACACGAGCUUCGACGCCAUCCGCGACCUGGACGAGCUGAUGGGGAGCGGUGGCGGCGGGACCGACGCCAGCGGCGACGCGACGGCGCUGGGCGCCGCCGCCGGGGGCGACCACGUCACGGUCGUCGUCGACGUCGACGGCGUACGGCAGAGCGGCGUCAGGGAGAGCCGUGGAGCCGACGAAGCGGGCCGAGACGGCGCAGGCACGACGACAGCUGCGGGACCACCAAAGGCUGUGUCUCUGCCGUCUCCGCUCACCCCCGAGACGGUGCGCCGGCGCGUCUACCACGUCAUGGGCGUACCCGGGUCCCCCGUCGGCCCGCAGCUGCCACGUGCGCCGCCGGACGCAGGGACCGGCGCGCACGCAGCGUCCCCGCCCAGCACUGCUGAUGGCGGGGAGCCUGGGGCCCCGCAGCACAGGGUCCAGGACCGCGCAGGCGCUGGGACCGCGUCCGUGCGGUCGCCCGCGCGCGCCGAGGUCGACGCCGUGCUUCUGCGCGUCCUGUCGGGCGCCGGUGCCGCCAAGCCAGCGGCUGCGACGCGGCAACCCUCGACGGAGGCAUCCCGCGCCCCCGUCGCGGAGAUCACCGACGACGAGCUGGCGGCGGUGUCCGACCCGGUCCUUCGCGACCUCGUCGCGCGGGCGAUGGGUCCGCGGCGGGCGACGCAGUUCCUGGCAUCGAACAGGGAGGGCAUCCGCGCCGCUGCGUCGCCAGCGGACCCGACUCCCGCGCACGGCACGGGGCUCGCUGCUGCAGACGAGGCGGGUGCAGGUGCAGCGCACGGCCAGCCCGGCGUUGCGCGCGCGCAGCAACAGCAGCCGCGCUCCGAGGUGACGCGACCCCGCGCAGAAGAUGAGUCGAGGGGGGGCGAAUCCGGAGGUCAAAUUGGUGACCUUUUGCCGCAGCCCGGGUCGUACGGUGCCGCAGCGAGUGCGGUGGGCGACGUCGUCGUCGGCGUCCCCGUCGGCAGCCAGGCGCAGCAGCAACACGGAUUGGCCACAGCGGCACAUCCCAUCGCUGCCAGCGGGGCCUCGCCUAGGUCGUUGCCUGCCCCAGUUCAGGCUGGUCACGAGCGCGUGCUGCGCCAAACGUCGAUGGAAGCGGCGCAGGUGCCCCCGCGCGCCACCACCUCGGUUCCAACGCAGUCAACCGGCGGACCCGAUCCAUCGGGCGUGCAUGUCACUCCCCUCUCGGAGCGCAGCGCGGCACAGCGAGCGACGCAGGGCGGCCAGGCGUCGCCGCCGGCACAACAGCCCCCCCUGACAGAUACCGGCGGACCUGCGGCGCUGCGGGCGUCCCCGUUGGAAGCGCAAGCGCGAUCCACAGCGGGCCCGCUCGCGGCUACAUCUCCGGGGACGCCCGCAGGGGCGGGCGCGCAGCCGACGGCGCGGGGCGUGCCGGGCGCGCAGGACAGCGGUGCGCCGCUACUCUCCGCACACCUGGCGGGUCGCGCGUCCACCAACGAGGCACGCGAGGCCGCCCUCGACGACGCGGCAGAUGUGCAUGCGCCAGCUGGACCGCUCUCUUCCGGGUUCAACCCACCCCCGCCGCGCCAGGAUGCCACCCAACCCUAUGACUCGCUGUCAGACGCACGGAUCGUCGACGGCGUGCCUGUUCCGCUGGCCGGACAGGCCCUGGACGCAGCGGACGCGAGAGCGAGCGCUGGUCCGUCGCCCGCGCGCGGCGGCCCGCGUCCAGCUGUGGAGGCGAGCCCCGGGUCCGCUCUGGACAGCGACGGUGGUGCCGAUGCAGGCCGUGCGCCCCUGGCUGACCUCAACACGUGCACCGUAGCGGACCUUCUCCCUUUCGACCGCGUCGAGGACAAGAUCGCGGAGCGCAUCGUCGCCUCGCAGCCGUACGCGAGCUGGGGCGACCUGGAUGGGCGAGUCAAGGGGGUUGGUCCCCCAGUCAUCACGCAGCUGAAGAACGCCGGGUUCCAGCUGCCUGAAGACGAAGAUGACGACAAGUCGGCUGCGCUGGUGCGUGCUGCACUGCAGCCAGGCAGCACCACGCCGGAUCAGGGCGGCCACGGUGUCGAGUUGCGGAGCGCAGGCAGCUCGUCGCCGGGCGCGCAGGGACUCGCUGCUCGCGAACCGACAGACGCGCUGCCGGGUCUCUGGCCGGCCGCGCAGGGGGAGGCCUUGUCCGUUGACGCCUCGGGGGUCCUCGGGGGCGCGAUGGAGGCGGUGGCUGCGCCGAAAGUGGUCACACCCGUGCAGGGCUACGACGACAUCGCGGGCGACGAGGGACAGGAGGGCCACAUGCUCACCACCGCGGUGCUCAGCCUGAAGGCCGCCGCGAGUCCCGGCGGCACCACCCCUAGAUCCUCAAUCGCUGCUGAGGACGCUGGCGACGCCGAGCAGGCGGAGGCCGGGGGCCACGCAGCAACGAUGACGCCUGGCGACAACGCGGCAGAGGGCUCGCGCGCUGCACGUGUGCUUGCGCCAGGGGCUGCAGGGCAGCACGUGUCUCCCAGCGAGACAGCGCUGUUGCACUCAUCGGAGCAAGCCGUGCGGGGAGGCUUGUCGCAGGCUCUCGCGGCGGGGCCGGGAGAUGUACGCGGAUCGGAUGCCUACGUGGCGGGCAGGUCGACAGCCAGGAGCGUCUUCCAGCGCCUCACGGCGUUCCAGCAUCAGGCGGCAGAUGCUCUGCCAUCAGGCGGGAGCGUCGCCCAGCGCGCAGCCGCCGCCCAGCAGGCAGGCGGCGCUACCACGGCGAGCAAGAUCUCCGGCGCAGCCACGGAGCCGACCACGGGGCUGAAAGUGCCUGUCGACGCGCGAGCCUCCGCCGUGGGGCCUGUACGCAGUGCUGACCAACAGCGAGCCCAGGACGCUUCGUCUCGGCAUCGCCCGCGUGCGGAGAGCCUAUCAACGACGGGCCAGACGCAUCCCCCGGCCCGCGGUGGCGCACAGCAGUCGGCGACGUCGCAGGGCGCUCCAAGCGGCGUCACAGUUACGCUGCCACGCGGCCCAGCGCAUGCGCCCCCGCAGAUCGUGCUGUCGCCGCCGCGCCUGGCGGAGGGCGAUCCAGAUACGCCGAAGCAGAUCCCGACCGGCUCGCUGGAGCGGUUCAUCAGCGACCCUGGCCAGAGCGAGCCAGCAAUGCACCUUGCCAGCAGCCGUUCGCCCUCGGCGCACCGGCGCAGCAGCAUAUCGCCGGCGCAUGGCGUCCGGAAGGGCAGCUUGGCGUCGGCGCGUCGAUCGCUGGGUAGGCAGGCCCGUGGGCGCCAGGACGCCCAGCACCGCGCAGCAGCGUCCGUGCAGGGGCCCGGCGGGGCGCCUCUUUCGGAGGUGAUGGGGUCGAUCCCGGAGAACCGGUCGUACGCUUCGCUGUCGAGCACGGUGGGCGAGCGCCCCUCGAACGUCUCGGGCCCGUCGGUGGCAGCGCCUCCGCCACCCGUCGCGCCGAAGUCGCCAUUCAGGCGCGGCGGCGGGGUCGCGGGGACCGCGGCGGGCGAAGGCGGCGGCGACCAGGACGUGCGCGAGGAGAUAGCGGCGCGCCUCGAGGACGCCGUGCGUCGCGGGCUGAUCAAGGUUGACUCAGGGGGGUUGUACUCCUCCACGGAGGGCGACGUGAGCGGGGAGGGGCACGCGGCGUCCCAGGCCGCGAGGGAGAUCUUGCGAUUCGCGUCGCUCGCGGACGGCCUCGGCGAGGGGCCGCAGCCGGGGGACGAGGAAGCAGAUCCCCAGGCUGCUGCAGUGGUCGCCAGCGGGGUUGCCGGCGACGCCGCAGUGCACACCCCGGAGGCUUCCGGGGGCGGUGGCUACGAUGGGAGCGCGGGCGUCGAGUGGGCUGCGAAGUACGGGGAGGCGUCGGCCGAGCAGGGGGUGUCAUCUUCACCGCCGUUGUCAGGUCUGUCGCCGUUCACGGCCGGCGCCACGCCCGAAUCCGUGACCGGUCCGGGGCAGGGCACGUCAACGACGGCCCCGCGCGCCACCCGCGUCACGCCGGCGUCCGAAGUCGACGCGCCGGGAUGGUCGCUGUCGCCGACGCAACCGGCCCGCCGCGUGGCCAGCGUCGGAGCCGGGUUCCGCGGGGACGCGCUGCAGGCGGCGCGCGCGGCAGAGGAAGAAGCCGCCGCGUCGGGUUGGAAGUUCGUCCCGCCGGCGGACGUCCACGACGCGGACGAGCAGGCCUCGCGCGCCUCGCACACCUCCGCCGGCGUCCUGGACGAGGCCGGUCUGCGCGCGGUGGGGGACUCCUGGACGGGCCACGCGUCGGUGUUGCUCACGCAGGGCAGCACGGGCGACGGCGCGCUGCAGUUCCUCGGGGAGCACCCCCCUGACAGCGGGUGGCGGGGGUCUGCGCCGGGGACGCCUUGGCAGGGCGGGACGUACGAGAGCGGGGCGUACGCGAACGCCACGUCGUCACCGACGCACGUGUCGCCGAAGGCGCGCCACACCGUGCCGGACGUGCACUUGGGCCGUGCGAGCGAAGAGGCGGAGCCUGGCUCCGGCGCAGGCGGCGGGAGCCCUCAGAGCGGCGCCGCGUUCCCCGCGGUCGCAGUGGUGCCACCGGAGGGCGCAGACGCCCUGCAUGGCCACCUGGCGUCGGACGGCGACGACGACAGCGAGGACGGCGUUCCCGGGGGGGACUCUGUCACCGGGGCAGUCCCCCCCACUGCGGAGGGCGUCCAGCGGCUCAUCGAGAACGUGGACGCCGAGCAGCUGUCGGCGCUCGUGGACGCCGUGGAGCGCAGCAACCGGCAGCGCGGCCGCGGACCGCGCGCCCCCGGGGAGGGGGAGUCAGCGCUGGACAAGCUCCUGUCAUCCAUCAAGGCGGCGGAGGCGCGGGAGGCCGCGGGGCUGCCGUCCGGGCUGCGCAUCGCCGCGAAGAAGAGCGCCGCGGAGGAGCCCGCGGACGAGGAGCUGCCGCAGCGCGAGUCGUCGCGCGAAGGCAGCAGCAGCGCCACGGCAUCCGUGCACAGGCCGAAGAAACUCCCCGCGGGCGCCGUGCCGGCCAUUGCGGGCUUCGACCCGGCUGGCAGCCGCGCGGUGGCCGCCGAGGGCGCUGCGCGCGCGCUGCAGCGGUGGAUCGGUGCCGGGAACGCGGAGGGUGUGCUGCAGGGUGGGGGGACUGUGGAGGCCUCCACGUCGACCCCCCCGGAGUCGUCAUCCCCCGUCGUGCUCCGCGUCCAGGUGUCGCCCGGCGGCACGCGGCGCGAGAUCGCGCUGUCGGCCGCGGACGGGGAGUCCGUGGAGAUACCCCCCACACCCCCCACCCCGCGGUCCGACGUGGGCGUCGGCAGCGACAUGGACGGCGUCGACGGCGCGCAGGAGGCAAGCGGAGACGCGGCGGGCGGCGCCGAGAAGCUCACGCCGUCGCGGAGGGAGGCCUGCGAGGAGCCGCCCUUCGCAGGCUUUCUGUUCGAGUCGCCGGAGAAGAAGGCGCGGCUGGCGGGGGCGGGAGAGACGGUCGCGGGGCACAGCAAGCCCGCCGCGCUGCCCAAGGGUGCGCCGCCCGCCCCGCCGCCGCUGCCGGGCGCGGCCGAGAAGAGGGCGCCACCGCCGGCGCCACCCCCCCCGGGGACACCCAAGACCCCCCCGCCGCCGCCGCGGCGGCCGCCUCCCGCGCCGGCGCCGCCCCGGCUCGGCGUGCAGUCCGCGGGGAAGCAGGCGGGUCUGCAGCGGCAGGCGUCGCGCAGGAAGGCUUUGCGGCUGAAGCAGCUGCACUGGUCCAAGGUGCCUGCCCGGGAGGGCACGGUGUGGGCGAAGCUGCAGCAGCUGUCCGGCGACGACCUCACGAUGGACUGGAACGACCUGGAGGACAUGUUCGCCAUCCAGGAGAACCUCGCGGCGCGCCGCAUGGCCGAGCAGGCCAGGGAGGCGGGCGACGACGUCGUGGCCAUCUUGGGGCCGAAGCGCGCGCACAUGUUGUCGAUCCAGCUGCAGGGCAUCAAGCGGCCGAUCAACCAGGUCCUCGCGGGCAUCAUCGCGUGCGACGUGCGGUCCUUCCUGCCCGACGAGAUUGCCACGCUGCGCGAAGCGCUGCCGGAGCCCGCUGAGCGGCGCGACCUGGAGGACUACGUGCGCGGGCGGCACCACAAGUACAAGGGGAAGAGCGACGUGUCCGUGCUCGUGCCCGCGGAGGCCUACUUUGUGCGGAUCCUGCCGCUCCCGCGGCUCUCGGGCCGCCUGGGCGCCAUGCACGCGGCCGUGCAGUGGGACUCGAUCGUGCUCAAGGCCCGCGACAACCUCAUGGCGGUCCAGCGGGGCACCGAGUGCGCGCGCGAGUGCCGCUCCCUGCACGUCAUCCUCGGCGCCGUCCUCAAGGUCGGCAACCGCCUGAACGCGGAGACCCCGCGCGGAGACGCCAGCGGGUUCCGCAUCACAUACCUGUCGCAGCUGGGGGACAUCAAGGCUCACGACCAGCGCACGUCGAUCCUCCACUUCAUCGUCCGGGAGCUCCUCCGCGGCCCGGAGUGCUCCUCCGUGCAGAGGGUGUGCGACGAGGUCGCGCCGAUCACGCAGGCGGCGCACGUCGACUUGGCGGGGACGCGCGGGCUCAUCGAGGAGCUGGCGAUGCACCACGCGCAGGUGUCGUCGGAGAUCAUCGAGGCGACGAAGCUCGCGAACUCCGAGAAGCAGGAGCCGCUGUCCACGACGGACGAGCACCUGUGCACGGUGGCGCUGCUCAGCCGCCGGCAGGUCGCGGCGACGCACCACAGCUUCCUGCACGCGAUGCUGCCGUUCUGCGCCGCCGCCGAGGACGGCCUGCGCGCCCUCCGCACCACCGAGGCCACGAUGAACGACGGCCUGCGGGAGGCGAGUGUCUUCUUUGGGGACGAGCACGACGUGAAGAACCCGCAGCGGGUGCUGUGCGUGCUGAGCGACUUCUUCAAGCUGUUCAGACGCACGCUGACCGACAUCAAGAAGCAGGAGACGGAGAGGGCCGAGGCGGAGGCGCGCCUUCGCGGGCCGUCGUGGUCGCAGACCAACACCCCCCGCCACACCCCCCCCGGCACCCCCCCGCGGUCCCCGUCCCCCGACGCCCGCCGCGGACGCGCGUCGUCCACCAACACGGGCGUCCCACCGCGCGCAGUGGCGCCGGGUAUCAAGGACAAGGUUGCGCAGGCGCAGGUGCCGACGUCGGCAGCAGGGACGCCGCGCGCCACGCGCGAGCGCCGGACGGCCACGCAGCACACCCCGAACCUGCUGGACUCGGUCGUGCUGCGGCCAGAGGACGCCGGAGCGUCGCUGCGUAGCGUGUCGAACCCGGAGUUGGGCGAGUCGCUCGGGGGCGGCACCGUGGCCAUGAGCCUCGGGGAGCGCUUCGAGAACGUCGACGUGCUCACGGCGGCCGAGGAGCUCGUCCGCAAGGUCUCCGGCGGCCUCGCAUCGGCGCUCAGCGACCCGGGGGGGCUCACAGCAGCCAUGCAGCAGAGCGCUGCCGCCCAGCCUCCUCAGACGCAGACGAAGUCCCCACCGCCGGCAUCGCCGCCCGCCCGCGCUGGCCACAGGUCUAUCCCACCAGCGCCACCGCUGCCCGCCAGCGCCGGCCACAGGUCCCCCCCACCAGCGCCACCGCUGCCCGCCAGCGCCAGCCACAGGUCCCCCCCACCAGCGCCACCGCUGCCCGUCAGCGCCAGCCACAGGUCCCCCCCACCCGUGCGCGUGCCCCCGCCCCCACCGCCAAUCCCGGAGGGAUUGCGGUAA